UCAUUCUGCUUACAGGGAGAGAGAAGAUGGCGGCGCGGGGUGGCUUUCAGCAGGCUGCCGUCGGAGCUGGAGGUGGCGGUGGAGGCGGCGGGAUGGGACCUGGACCCCCGGUACCGGGUGCAGGAGGACCGGGUAUGGCUCCGGGCACACCGGCUGGAAGAAUGGUACCCGUGGUGCCGCAGAACCCCAUGUACCGGUCUCCGAUGCCUGGGCCUGGAUACCCGAGACCUGGAAUGCCCCCUGCUAGCAGAAUGACUCCUCAAGGCCCGGCCAUGGGGCCUCCAGGCUACGGCGCGAGUCCGGUGCCUCGUCCCGGCAUGCCUGUCAUGGACCCGUCUCGCAAGAGGCCCGCUCCUCCUCAGAUCCCCCAGCAGGUCCAACAGCAGCAGAACCGCAACCAACAUGCCAAGAAGAAGAAGAUGGCUGAUAAAAUUCUACCUCAGAGAAUCAGAGAGCUGGUCCCAGAAUCUCAGGCGUACAUGGAUUUGCUGGCCUUCGAGAGGAAGCUGGAUCAGACCAUCAUGCGCAAGAGGCUUGAUAUCCAAGAAGCACUGAAGCGACCCAUCAAGCAAAAGAGAAAGCUGCGCAUCUUCAUCUCUAAUACUUUCAACCCCGCCAAGCCCGACGCUGAGGACGGCGAGGGAACCGUGGCCUCAUGGGAGCUGCGAGUGGAGGGCAGGCUGCUUGAGGACACUGCCGUGUCCAAGUAUGAGGCCACCAAGCAGAAGAGGAAGUUCUCGUCUUUCUUCAAGUCUUUAGUGAUUGAGCUGGAUAAAGACCUCUAUGGGCCUGACAAUCAUUUGGUUGAGUGGCACAGAACGCCCACUACUCAGGAGACCGAUGGCUUUCAGGUGAAGAGACCUGGAGAUGUUGGAGUGCGCUGUACUGUCCUCCUCAUGCUUGACUACCAGCCUCCCCAGUUCAAGCUGGACCCCAGGCUGGCCCGCAUGCUGGGCAUCCACACCCAGACCAGACCCGUCAUCAUCCAGGCUCUGUGGCAGUACGUGAAGACGCACAAACUUCAGGACCCGCACGAACGCGAGUUCAUCAACUGCGACAAAUACCUCCAGCAGAUCUUCGAGACCCAGAGAAUGAAGUUCUCAGAGAUCCCUCAGCGGCUCCACGCCCUUCUGAUGCCCCCAGAGCCGAUCAUCAUAAACCACGUCAUAAGCGUGGACCCCAACGACCAAAAGAAGACGGCCUGCUACGACAUCGACGUCGAGGUGGACGAUACGCUGAAGACCCAGAUGAACUCCUUCCUGCUGUCUACUGCCAGUCAGCAGGAAAUUGCAGGCUUGGAUAACAAGAUUCACGAGACCAUCGAAACCAUCAAUCAGCUGAAGACGCAGAGGGAGUUCAUGCUGAGCUUCGCCCGCGAUCCUCAAGGCUUCAUUAAUGACUGGCUGCAGUCCCAGUGCAGAGACCUCAAGACCAUGACUGAUGUGGUCGGAAAUCCAGAAGAGGAAAGGAGAGCUGAGUUUUAUUUCCAGCCGUGGGCUCAAGAAGCUGUAUGUCGCUACUUCUACUCCAAGGUCCAGCAGAGGAGACAGGAGCUGGAGCAGGCGCUGGGCAUCAGGAACACAUAAGCCAGAAGGACGAAUAAAGCAGAAUCGAUUUGUUAGACUCGCCUGCUGUCUGAGUCCUGAAUUCAACACUAAGUAAAAAAACCUCAGUCCUGCUGAACACCUGCUUCCUCCCAUUACCAAAACCUUUAACUCGGCUCAUGUCCCACUUUAUUAUCCUGUAGUGUAUGGAAUCGUGAGGCUUCCGUCAUGGCAGCGUCUCUAGACGUAGUUAAUUGGUUAGAGGUUAUAAAUGGCGUUUAAUCGCUCUCGGUUUCCUGUCCGCAGCAUACACGUCCACGUUUAAUGACCGUGCCUGUGUAACCUCUGUGCUUCAUGCAUUACCUUGUAGCAUAAGUGAAAUAUUGUAUGAGCUGUUAGAGUAAAUUAAACACAGAUCCUUUUAAGACUUAAACCUGUUAAAUAACUGAUGGCGUAUCAAAUAUAUCGUACCAUGUUUUUAUUCACAAGCAACAAUGAAACGCUUGAGAGGGUUUUAAUAGUUUGGUUGAUAUGAAGAUUGUGGGGCCAAUUUUGUUGGGCUGUUACGACAACCACACCAAAUAUAUCCCAAAUUCUUGUGUGGGUUUGACCAUGGCAGCCCUGAUUGUAAGCUUUCUUUUGCAGAUGUUAGAUAUCGUUUUGAAUAUUCUUUAUUAUAUGGACUAUUAUAAAAUUAGUUAGGAUUAGAUUGAUAUUAAAUAGAUUAGUACCUCAGCUCUGUGCGUAGAAGCAGUCCUCUGACAUUAAACAUGACCAUUAAUAUAAAAAGCCACUGUUUCUGUUCCUGUCCGUGCUCAGGUAAUUUAUCCAGCUGUAUUCACGUUUGAGCUUUUAUUCCGAUUUACUGGCCACACCACUGUACACUGUACAAUGAAGGACACACUAACAGCGGUGAUUGUAGUGCUUCUGCUCAUGGCUUAAAUUCAUGACCAGCAGAAUGAAGAUCGCUCAAGAUUUGAACAUUCGCAAACAUUUCUUAAUAUCGUGUGCAUUGCUUCAUUUUUUCAUAAUGGAAAAAAACACAGAAGAGCUUCAUGUUAUUCUUUUUCUUUUCUUUAUGGACCAAACUUGUUGUUGUUAACCCUUAUAAUAAAGAUGAUCUUAUACUGA